GUCUAUUUUAAGAUAUUUCAAGAAUAUUUUAGGUUAAGUGGAAUAUUAUAAGAAUCUAGUGAAAGUUGGGGUGAAGCAUGAGGGAUCAUUUUGGUCAAAAUCUCGUGCCUCUUCCCCAAAUAAAAUGUGAAAAUGUGAAAAUGUGAAGGACGUGUAGAACUGAAAGAAUAAGGCGCGAGGGAAAGUUUCAAUUUUCUCAAAGCUUCCAUAGCACACCAAGCCAGAGACUGAGUUAAAGAAGAAAAAAAAGCCAAUUCUGUCAACGGGAAUGGGGUCAGCAAGUCCGAAACAGACAUGUCUCAAACUGGAAAUCCCAAAUAAUAAGGAUAAAAUAUUCGUGAAAGGCACAUGGUAUCCUUCUUACUUUCAACUCUUCAUCACUGAUGGCCUCCACGCUUGGACUUGCCAUGGAUCGGAGGAAGAGGUUGAAGAGAGAGCAUUACAGUGGGAUCAACCCGUUUCUGAGUAUAUUGAGUUGGCUGAAAAGUAUUUGGGAUUUCAGCAGCCUGACUCUGUUUAUGGCUUUGAUGAUGCUGGUUCUGGCCAUAAAAGGCUCUCAUGGACAUUUGAGAAAGAAGGCACAAAGCUAGAAUGGCGGUGGAAGUGCCAACCAUCUCCUAAUAGCCAAAAAACUACAGCUGAUAUCUUGGACUUCCUCAUGGAUGCUAAUAUUAGACUGAGUGAUGAAGUGGUCGAUAAAACUCAGUCAUUUGAGAGGCUGAGAGUGGAGGCAGAUAAAUGUUUAACACAAAGCGAGAUACUCAGCAAAGAGAAAGAAGAAUUUGAAUCUGCAAUAUAUGCAAAGUUUGUUGGGGUUCUGAACUCAAAGAAGAAAAAACUCAGAGAGCUUCGCGAUAGGCUCUCAAAACAGGGAACCUCUGUUGAAGAGCCAGUAGAAGAGGAUGCACAAUCUACUGACAGAACCGAGACCUUUGACGAGGGAAGUAAUGAGGAAAUAAGCGGGGAAGAGGUGGAGAAGGAAGAUGUUGGCACUUCAUCAAAAAAGGAUGAUGUUGGCACUUCAAAUCCCAGAAGGGGUCGUGGUAGAAAGAGAAAGUAAAUAUCUAAGAUGUAUCAUUGCAGCAUUAUAACCAUCUCUUUUUUGCCUCUUAAACUGCUUUUGGCUUUCCUUUUCUUGGAGAAUGAAGAUGUAUAUACACUGAUGAACUUGUGAAUACUUCAAACAUCCGGUUUUUUUUUGUAUUAUUUUGACGUC